AUGACAACGGCUCAGACCGAAAUCGAUCCAACCUCACAUAUCUACUCCCGCAUCUCGACACCUAACCCUACCCGUUUUGAAAUUAUUCUCUCCAGCCUUCUAAAUGGCACUGCAAUCAGCUACUCAUCAGGUCUUUCUGCCCUCCAUGCAGCAUUGACCUUGCUCAACCCCCGUCACAUCUCAGUUGGUGAAGGAUACCACGGCUGCCAUGGUGUGAUCGCCCUCUUCACCCGCCUCACCGGUCUCCAGAAGCUCGCCCUCGACUGUCCCGCCGACCAACUCGAAGCCGGGGAUGUCAUCCUCCUAGAAACCCCUCUCAACCCCAAGGGCACAGCCUACGAUAUCGCGUCUUUCGCCCAAAAAGCGCACUCCCGCGGUGCCUACCUUAUUGUCGACAGCACAUUCGCCCCACCCGGCUUACAAGAUCCCUUCCUUUGGGGCGCCGAUCUAGUCAUGCACUCCGGCUCGAAAUACUUCGGCGGCCACAGCGACGUCCUUUGUGGUGUCCUCGCAACCCAAAACAAGGAAUGGUCCACCCAACUCUUCCAAGACCGCGUUUUUCUCGGUAGUGUAAUGGGUAACAUGGAAUCAUGGCUUGGUGUCCGCUCCCUCCGCACAUUAGAAGUCCGCGUCCAGCGCCAAUGCGAUAAUGCCGCGAAACUCAUCCAGUGGCUCGAUACUACUCUCCAUUCUCCAAACCCUGUGCCUGGAAGCGACGAAGCUGUUGUCCAGGGUGCAUUGGGCGAAGUCUUCCAUGCUAGCUUGCAGGAUGGAGGUGAUUGGUUGAAGAAGCAGAUGCCUAAUGGGUUCGGUCCUGUGUUUUCUAUCUGUAUGAAAGAGGAGGAGCUGGCGAAAGCUCUUCCUUCAAAAUUGCACUAUUUCCAGCAUGCUACUAGUCUUGGUGGUGUGGAGUCGCUUAUUGAGUGGCGCACAUUGUCCGAUGCGUCUGUUGAUAGGAAGUUGCUGCGGGUCAGUAUUGGUCUGGAGAAUUGGGAGGAUCUGAGGAAUGAUUUCCUCCAGGCUUUCAAAUCCUUGUGCAAAUAG